CACACCACGGCAAAGAAGCAGCCGGCGUGUCGUUUCGAUCGAACCCAUACCAUGAGCAAUCCGUGGAAAGCCUCCACCACCACCGGGAGCAAGCCCCAGCGGCAGCGGCAGCGGCAAGAGCAGCAGCAAGAAUUGUUCCGGGAGGAAGAAACGGCGCUCCUUUCCUUUUUUCGCCAGAGCGACUUUGAUUUGCUGAAGGAGAAGCCGCCCCCGACCAACCCGGACGCUUGCGCCCAUGGGCCGGGACCGGGGGGUCCCCUCGUUGCACCGGUGGGAAGGGCCGAGAACGACGGGAGCCGGAACGGCGGCCCUUGCAGCACCAAUCCGUUCGACGACGCCUUUGUGCCCGUCCGUGCGGCGCGGAGGGACGAAAGCACAGCGGGUGCCCGCGUUGGUUCCCGGAGGACCCACCACUCGUUUGGCCACAGCCGCGAUCGCGGCAGGAACAGCAGCUAUCACAACAGCAGCAACACGCGGAAUCCGUUUGGAUCCUCCCCGGACGGUCCAACCGACGAAUUGUUCCCGCCGCCGAUGUUGGUGCCGGUUUCCCCGGCAUCGACCGAUUCGGUGGCCACGGCAGCCACAGCGGUUCCCACCGGCGAGAGACCAAUCCUUCCGGUGGCAACCGCCGUCCCGAACGACUCCACAACCACCAACACCGUGCCCUUUGCGGCCGCGGUCCCGAUCGAAAGCGUCCAAACCGUCACCGACGCGGAGGCUUGCGGCGAUGCCGAUGGCAGCGUUGUCCCCGACAGCAGGAGCAGGAGCAGCAGGAGCAGCAGCAGCAGGAGCAGGAGCAGGAGCAGGAGCAGGAGCAACAGCAACAGCAACAGCAACAACGACGGAUGGAUCGGGGGUUUCUCCAUCGGUGCCGUCCGGGUCGAGGAAGACCGGAGGCCGCCCCCGUGGACCUAUUUCCCGGCGGGCACCGGUGCAUCUGCGCCCGCGGGCGGAAGCCGUCCGUGGGUUCCGGCAUUUGCCGACCCGGUGGUUCGUUCCGGGCGGGGGGGCCUCGCGGAAACGCCGCCGCGUUUCUCCGGGAGCCGGGGGAGGCCCCCCCCCGCGUCGUAUUUUCCCGGCGGCCCGGGCACGAACCCGUUCCCCGGCGGCUUUCCCCGCAAGACCCCCGCCCGGGACGGAACGGGCAUGGGCCGCGGGGGCUGGAGCCGGUUCUCCGUCGGGACCGCGGCCGCGGCUCGGGAGGCCCACCGGGCGGUCCGGAAAAAGCUCUCGCCGCGGGGGACGCGAGAAGGGGCUUCCGCCGACAAGCCUCGGGGCACGCGCGCCGGGAAGGGACCCCUCGCGUGGUCCUGGAAGGCGAUCGGGGAACACCGCCGGAACGGAUCGUCCGGACCGGGGUAACCAGCCGGCCGGCGAGUGCACCCGGCACCGGUCCGCUCGAGCUGGGUUGCGCUGCACCGGACGAUGAAAGGAACAAAGAAGCCACCGGUCUGGCAAAGCAGCGACGU